AUGAUACAAUCGAUAAAAUCACUUAUAGGUUUAUUCUAUGGCUGUCAUCCAUUACAGCCACACCUUGUUGCUAUUGGGACCAAUAUCGGUGUGAUCAUUAGUGAAUUUGAUGCCAGAUCUCUUCUAACUGUAGCAUCUUUACCAAAACCCCCAGAAAGUCGAGAACAUUCGGCUGUUUAUGUUAUUGAAAGAGAAUUAAAGCUGCUAAACUUCUCGUUGUCCAACACGGCAAACCUUGCUCUUGGGAGUAACGGGUCCUUGACAGAAAAUGGAAGACCGCGUGGAGAUCCUUCUGAACCACUUCAAGUCAAGCAGAUAAAAAAGCACAUUAGCACUCCUAUUCCACAUGACUCAUAUGCAGUUCUUUCUGUGAGCAGUUCGGGGAAGUAUCUUGCAGUUGUAUGGCCUGAUAUUCCUUAUUUCUCAAUUUACAAGGUCAGUGAUUGGUCCAUAGUAGAUUCAGGUAGUGCGAGGCUCUUGUCUUGGGAUACUUGUCGAGAUAGAUUUGCUUUUUUGGAGUCGGCUGCACCUCCUCGAAUCCCCUUGAUUCCGAAAGGGGGAUCAAGAAAAGCCAAGGAAGCUGCUGCAGUUGCUGCUCCAACUGCAGCAGCUUCUGCUGCAGUCGCUGCUCAAGCUGCAGUUGCAGCAGCCUCUGCUGCUUCUUCUGCUAGUGUGGAAGUUCGCAUUUUGUUAGAUGAUGAGACAUCAAAUAUAUUAAUGAGGUCUAUUGGCGGCCACAGUGAACCGGUUAUUGGUUUGCAUGGGGGAGCGCUACUUGGUAUAGCGUAUCGGACAUCGUGAAGAGUCAACCCCAUUGCUUAGUCUGCUACUGCUAUUUCAACAUUCCAGUCUAUGCCCUUAUCUGGCUUUGGUAGCAGCGGGCUUUCCUCGUUCACCACUAUUGAUGGCUAUUCUUCUCAUAAUUCUUCAGCGAACUCUCAAUACAUUGUCAUAUCUUCCUUGCACCCUCAAUAUAGAUACUUGGGAGAUGUUGCCAUUCCAUUUGCUACAGGUGCUGUUUGGCAACGGAGACAGCUCUUUGUGGCUACACCAACUACGAUAGGGUGUGUUUUCGUUGAUGAUGGUGUUGCUCCCAUUCAUAUAGAAACUAAACGGCGUAAAGAAGAUAUGAAACUGAAGGAGGCUCGUUCGAGAGCUGUUGCAGAGCAUGGUGAGUUGGCUCUGAUUGCGGUAGAUGGUCCGCAAACUGCAACACAGGAGCGGAUUUCUUUGAGACCUCCAAUGCUACAGCAACUUUGA